GUUUCCUUCUCUCAAUUCUCAAUUCUCAUUUGGACACAUAAAAAAUGGCGGACUGCACGGAGAGUAAGGAAGAUUCAAAUGCUCCCCGUUUACCAGCCGUUAUGGAGCUUGAUGCAGUUGAUGAAUCAAGUGAAAACUCAGCAAAUGAUGAUCUUGAGGAUCAAUCUUGUGAAGAAAAUAGUCGACCAAAAGUAAUGCACCUCCGUAAAUUUUAUGAAGGUUCAAAUUCAAUAAAAAUGUCAAGUUUUCCACCAUCAAUACUUCGUCCAUCACAACUUGGUGGUUUUUCAUUCAAUACAUCAAAUUCAACAACAACACCAAGCACAUCUGGUCCACUUGAAAAAAAAACAAAUCAAAAUGAUAGUGAUGAAAAUAAUGAGGACAUUAAUAAUGACAAUGAUAAAAAUACAAAAAAUGAUGAAAAAAAUAAUAAAAAUGAAGAUGAUGAAAAUUCAGAUGAUAAAAAAUUAACACCAUUAAAGUUUUUACCAUUAUUAUCAAAUGUUAAAGAGCAUGAUAAUAAUACAAAUAAUUCCAUGACUAGUAAAACAUCAGUAUCUGGUUUUGUAUUUGGACAAAAUUUUAAUGAACGUGCAACAGUUGCUAAAAAUGAUAAAAAUGAUGAUCAUAAUAAUGAUAGUGAUGUUAAAAAAAAUAGUGAUGAUGCUGAUGAUAAUAAUACAAUUAAAAAUAAUAUUAUUGAUAAUGAUAAAGUUGUUGAUAAUGAUGAUGAUGAUAAUAAUGAUGCUGAUGGUGGUGAUGGUAGUAGUGGUGGUGGUAAUAGUGCUGGUGAUGAUGAUAAAAAUAAAGAUAAAGAUGAAAAUAAUGAUGAAAAAAAAGUUAAUGAAAAUGGUGGAUUAUUUUCGACAGCAGCAACUGCAUUACGUACAACAAGUAGACCUGGUAUAACAUUAUCACAAGCUGCACAAGAAGUUGAAGAAGCAAAUCGUGCUAAUAAACGUAAAUAUAAUGAAGUUGCAUUAAAAACUGGUGAAGAAGAUGAAAUUAAUGUAUUACAAAUUAAUAAUGCUAUAUUAUUUACAUUUGACAAGGAAACAAAAGGAUGGAAAGAGAGAGGAAGAGGUCCAUUAAGAUUAAAUGAUCGUGAUGAAGAAUCUCGUCUUAUUGGACGUAUAAGUGGUACACAAAGAUUAAUGCUUAAUACCAAGAUUUGGCCAGGUAUGACUGCUGAACUUCCUGGAGCAAAAUCAUUAAGAAUAACUGCAAUGGAUAUACCUGAUGAUAAAGUAUCUGGUGAUAUAAGAAUAUUUCUUGUUCAAGCAGCACCAAAAGAGGUAGAUGAACUACAUGAAUUAUUGAUUCAACGAAUUCAACGUGCUAAGGAACGUCAACCAAAAAAAAUUGCAACUGGUGUGUGACGUAUAAUUAUUCAAUGAUUAUAUUGUUUAUCAAGUGUCAUUCAAAAUAUUCAAUGACAAAAUAUUAUAUUUUAUUAUUUUUUUUCUUGUUUUUUUUUUUCUUUUUUUUCUUUUUUUAUCAUUGAAAAUGUCAAUUGUCUUUGAACAAUUUGACUAGCAG